AAAAAAAAUAGGAAACAGAGAAGAACGGUAGGAAAAGUAAAAGAAGAAUAAGAUGUUUUAAUAAAACGCAGUAAGGUUUGUUUUUCUUUUGAAACAAACGAACGAAUAAUACGUGCUUGAAAAGUGAAAUUAAAGAAAGAAGGAAAAUGGACGCUUUGACGAAACAACAAAAACAUUUUCCGUAGGUUGCCUUUCGUACGUAUUGAUUUGUGAUUUUUGGAAAAGACCGACUUUGCAAAAAGACUGGGCAAUUAGUUAAAAAUAGCAUCUAAUAAAAAAGAUAUUCUAAGCAACAAACCCGCAUUAAAGCAAAUUGGUUCUAUUGACCAGUUCCGUGGAACACCAAAACCAAUAACUGCAAGAAAAAAAGACAAAAAAAAAAAGACAAAAAAAAAGAAGAAGAAGAGAAGAAAAAUGGUGGAAGAUAUCUCUUUCCGAAUACUUCUGCUGGUUCUUCUAAUGUCAAGGACGGAUCUGAAACGCCAACACGUCAGAAUUGUUCUCCUGGGACCCAGCGAUCGGAAUCGCAUGUUCUCGCUUUGGCACGUGCGUCCCGUGAUUCAGUACUUGAACACGCCGCUACGUCAUACUCACAGUGUAUUACGUCACGUGAAAUUCUCCGUCCACUACGCUGACUCUCACUGUAACUCCAAAGAUGCUCCCAUCAAGGCUUUCGAAAUGCACCGCCAAGCCGACCUGUUCCUCGGCCCAACCUGCGACUACUCUCUCGCCCCCGUCGCCAGGUUCGCUCCCGUGUGGAACAUCCCAGUCGUCACGCCGGGGGGUUUCGCUCACGAUUUCGGCGCCAAUAAAUCGGAAGAGGACGCGGAAUAUCCCACUCUAACCAGGGUGGGUUUGACGUUCAACUCGCUGACGCUGUUGGUAUUGAAACUGAUAGAGCAGUUUAAGUGGAAGAAGGUCACGGUCGUUUACGACGGCAAAGGACACGAUGACGUGGCGCCUAGGUUUUGUUAUCUGGCUGCGGGGGCGUUUAUGAAGUACAGUAAGGACCAUGCGUUGCCCCACGGGUUUGAAAUAUUCCACCCGACAACCGAAAGUGUCGACAAUAUGCUGCGGGAAGAUGUAGCGGCAGAUAAUGCAAGUAAGUAG